CAAAUGGAGAAGACAGACAUGGCUCUGGGCAGUGGUCUGAGCUGUCACCCCUCUCAGCACCUUCUUCUUCCACAGGUGCCUUGGCCUUGGGGCGGAGAGACUCAUGGGGCCAUUGCCAGCCUCAGAGUCAGAGCAGAGCCUGCCUGGAGGUCCCAGCACCAUGAGCCUCAACACGUCCCCAGAGGAGACGCCUGAGAGAGACUCGGGGAGAACAGGGUGGAAGCCCACGGCCAAAGAUGCUUUCAAAGACAUUUCCAUAUACUUCUCCAAGGAAGAAUGGACAGAGAUGGGAGACUGGGAGAAAAUCCGAUACAGGAAUGUGAAAAGGAACUACGAAGCACUGAUUACUAUAGGUCUCAGAGCCCCUCGCCCAGCUUUCAUGUGUCACCGCAGGCAGGCCAUCAAACCCCAAGUAGAUGACACUGAGGAUUCUGAUGAAGAAUGGACGCCGAGGCGGCAAGUCAGACCUUCUUGGGUGGCAUUCAGAAUGGAGCAGAGUAAACACCAGAGGGGAAUACCCAGGGCGCCAUUACGUAACGAAUCGAGUUUGAAGGAAUUAUCAGAAACAGCAAAGUUGCUGAACACAAGUGGCUCAGAGCUUGGCCAGAAACCAGUGUCCCUUCCUGGAGAAGCAAGUACCUCUGGACAUGACUCCCUACAAAAAUUGGGAUUCAGGAGAAAGGAUGUUGAAGUAAAGAUGUAUAGCCUACGAGAAAGAAAGAGCCUUGCAUACCAAGAGGUCAGCGAGCCCCAGGAUGAUGACUACCUCUAUUGUGAGAAGUGUCAGAACUUCUUCAUUGACAGCUGUGCUGUUCAUGGGCCCCCCACAUUUGUAAAGGACAGUGCAGUGGACAAGGGGCAACCCAACCGCUCAGCCCUCACUCUGCCCCCUGGUCUGAGAAUCAGACCAUCAGGCAUCCCCCAGGCUGGGCUUGGAGUAUGGAACGAGGCAUCUGAUCUACCAUUGGGUCUACACUUUGGUCCCUAUGAGGGCCAAAUCACAGAAGAUGAAGAGGCAGCCAACAGCGGAUACUCCUGGUUGAUCACCAAAGGGAGAAACUGCUAUGAGUAUGUGGAUGGAAAGGAUAACUCUUGGGCCAACUGGAUGAGGUACGUGAACUGUGCCAGGGAUGAGGAGGAGCAGAACCUGGUGGCCUUUCAAUACCACAGGCAGAUCUUCUACCGAACGUGCCGGGUCAUCAGGCCAGGCUGUGAACUGCUGGUCUGGUAUGGGGACGAGUACGGCCAGGAGCUGGGCAUCAAAUGGGGAAGCAAGUGGAAGAGCGAGCUCGCGGCAGGGAAAGCCUUACCAGGAGACAAAGCAUACAACACAGGCAGUUGUGUCAACAUCUACCUGACCAAAAAUUUCCUGUUUCAGGAGAACCAAAGCCAGAGAUCCAUCCAUGUCCUUCCUGCUCUCUGGCCUUCUCCAGUCAGAAAUUCCUCAGCCAACAUUUGGAACACAAUCACCCUUCUCAGAUCCUCUCACGAAAAUCUGCAAGCGAACAUUUCCAACAAGAGGAUCCCUGCCCAGGCCAUCAGAAUCAGCAGCAGCAGCAACAUUCUGAUCCUCACAGGUGGAAUGACAAAGCUAAAGGUCAAGAGGUCAAAGAAAGGUUCAAACCUUUGCUUAAAAGUAUAAGGCAGAGGAGAAUUUCAAGGGCCUUUUCCAGUCCAUGCAAAGGACAAACGAGGAGCUCUACAGUGUGUGAGGGAAUGGUGGAGGAAGAGCCCAGUGCAGGCCAGAAAUUGAAUCCAGAGGAGACAGGAAAAUUAUUCAUGGGGGUAGGAAUGUCAGGAAUUAUAAGAGUCAAAUAUAGAGGCUGUGGGCGAGACUUCAGUGAUAGGUCACAUCAAAGCGGACACCAGAGAAGACACCAAAAAAAGCCCUCUGUGUGCAAGAAGGUGAAGAGAGAGUUCAGUCAUAAGUCAGUCCUUAUAACACACCAGAGGACACACACAGGGGAGAAGCCCUACGUUUGCAGGGAGUGUGGGCGGGGCUUUACGCAGAGGUCAAAUCUCAUCAGACACCAGAGGACACACACAGGGGAGAAGCCCUACGUUUGCAGGGAGUGUGGGCGGGGCUUUACACAGAGGUCAAGUCUCAUCAGACACCAGAGGACACACACAGGGGAGAAGCCCUACGUUUGCAGGGAGUGUGGGCGAGGCUUUACACUGAGGC